AUGUCCGCCCGGACUAGCCCAAUCGGGCCGGAGCCGUCCAACUUCGACCUUCCGGAGCUCCAGCAUCCUGCCGCUCUCAGCACUGCAACACACCCAACAGGGAUCUUGUCGACACACACCAUGGCUGGAAACCCGCGGGAACAGUGGGAGAGGCUGCAGGUCAUCCUGCAGAACCGAGCUAGGCGGGCUGGCGGUGGUGGUGCGUUCCGGUUUGGCAUGCCCGGCGGCGGAGGGGCGCCAGCGGCAGCUCUCGCCGUGCUGAUGUUGGGAGGAUAUGCGCUCUCGCAGAGUCUGUUCAACGUCGACGGUGGUCACCGCGCCAUCAAGUACUCCAGAAUCAGUGGUGUGAAGAAGGAGAUAUACAACGAAGGAACGCAUUUUAGGAUCCCCUGGAUUGAAACUCCCAUCAUCUAUGACGUUCGCGCGAAGCCUCGCAACGUUGCGUCUCUGACCGGAACCAAGGACCUGCAGAUGGUGAACAUCACCUGCCGUGUCCUGUCCCGACCGCGGAUCGACGCCCUUCCCCAGAUCUACCGGACUCUGGGUACGGACUUUGACGAGCGGGUGCUGCCGUCCAUCGUCAACGAGGUGUUGAAGAGCGUGGUGGCCCAGUUCAACGCCAGCCAGCUAAUCACCCAGCGAGAGAACGUCGCGAGACUGGUUCGCGACAACCUGGCCCGACGAGCGGCGCGUUUCAACAUUACAUUGGAUGAUGUGUCGUUGACGCACCUUGCAUUCUCCCCCGAAUUCACCGCCGCAGUCGAAGCCAAGCAGGUGGCUCAGCAAGAAGCUCAGCGCGCUGCUUUCCUGGUCGACAAGGCGCGCCAGGAGAAGCAGGCGACCAUUGUGCGCGCACAGGGUGAGGCACGCUCGGCCGAGCUCAUUGGAGAGGCCAUCAAGAAGUCCAAGAGUUAUAUCGAGUUGCGACGGAUCGAGAACGCGCGCCACAUCGCGACGAUUCUGCAGGAGGCUGGCAAGAACAAGCUGUAUCUGGACGCCGAAGGUCUGGGUCUGAAUCUGAAUGCGGAUGUGGCGGAUGCUCAGAAGAAGUAA